ACCCAGUGCCUCCCACACCUGCCCUGCCACCCUCCUCCUGCCCCCCACAUCUGCCCUAACACCUGCUGCCCCGCCCCACAGCUGCAGCAUCUGUGUCAAGAAGCAGAACAAACACUUCAUCGUGCCGUUGAGUCAGUUCAAGCUGAUGAGUGGCCACGAUGCGCUCACCACCUACACCUUCAACACCCAGAACGCCAAACACACCUUUUGCUCCACCUGCGGCGUCCAGGCCUUCUAUAUCCCGAGAUCUAAUCCGAAUGGGUACGGUAUUGCCCCGCACUGCCUUGACCCGCCCCCCACCAAGGUCAAGGUAGAGAAGUUUGACGGGCAGAACUGGGAUGAGUCCUUCAAGAAACACCCGAACAUCGCCAGGAGGUCCAAGGAAAAGUAGCAAGAGCAAGGGGAGAGUCCACGCCAUCACCGCUGUCUUUGAACGGUGGUGGUUUAGAAUUGUGAUGUAAUGUUUGUGACGUAAUGCUUGUGGUGAUGUAAUACUUAAGGUGAUGUAAUGUUUGUGAUGUAUAUCGUUAGUACAGGCCGUAGCAGGGAGGAGAAUACACAGGAAUAUGAGUUUAAAGGACCAUAUUCUGAAACACAUCUGCGCUACACCUUCACUUCUUUCAAGAUGCUCUGGUUGAAGUUACACAGGUUUUCAAGGGUGUUUUUGUGGUUCUAUUGACAGAUUAACAGGAUCUCUUUGUUGUUAACUGGAGAAACACACUUGAGAGCCUGCUUAAUAGUUUAUGUGACCUUAGAAAACAGUCUUGGUGAGAGAGCAGACGGUUUCUCAAGACCGGCCUUAGAUACACCUUCCCUCUGUCACCGGCAUACGUGCGUCACUGAGUGUUCAACUGUAAACAUUGAGGCAUUCAUUACUGAGGGAAGGAAAAAACAAAGUCAUUGUAUAGUUAUUUGUGAUGUAAAUGUUAAUCUCAAAUUCGUUUUUUUUUUUUUUUUCAUGUAACGUAUUUUUAAGCUAUCUCUGUACCACUGAAUGUUGUCAAUACGCUUCUACUUGAUGUCGACAAAAUGAUAAAAUAUCGACAUAGCAGUAAGUAACAGACAUUAUACGGUGAGAAAUAUACAUCGAGAUUUGCCUCUCAUUUUUUUUCUACUUAACUAAUGCAUGUAAUGAUAAUAUAACGGAAAACCCAUUAUCUCUAUCUAAUAAUGAAUAUACAUUGACAUAUCGUUUGAAGUGGCACUCAUAAUGAAGCGAGAAAUAUAGAUCCUAAUUCA